UCACCUUGUUGCCAAAAUUAGCGCGCACAUGUUGAUAUCGCUGAAUAUAACUAGGGUUGGUUGAGCUAGACGUCAUAUAGCAUUCAGAGGUUAACUCCAGUGAACGAUUCGCCUGGCAUUUAAGUGCAAGUACUUCUUUUGCCAUCAGCACGGAAAACCCGAGCCAAGUGACUUACAAGGACUAAUUUCCCAUAGCUGACAUUUUGUGCAUACAUUUUCCGUGAACGGCAGAAGCAUUUGACCGACUGAUCGCGAACAACGUGCAUCAUGGCAACAGAGGCUCUUGUCAAAGGAAGCUGGUUUCGUGAAGUUAAUGAAAUGUGGUCUGGCUAUGCUGUCUCGUUAGAAGUGGAAGAGGUCUUAGUUCACGAGAAGUCUGAAUACCAAGACAUUCUUGUUUUCAAAAGCAAAUCCUUCGGUAAUGUGUUGGUGCUGGACGGAGUGAUUCAGUGUACGGAGCGCGAUGAGUUCACCUACCAGGAGAUGAUUACACACCUGCCCUUAAACAGUCAUCAGAACCCCAAGAAGGUGCUUGUAAUUGGCGGCGGGGAUGGAGGUGUUGUUCGUGAAGUGUUGAAGUACCCAAGUGUAGAGCAGGUUGUCUUGUGUGAGAUAGAUGAGAGAGUGGUGGAAGUAUGCAAACAACACCUCCCGAGUAUGGCGUCGUGUCUGUCAAACCCACGCGCUGUUCUCCACAUCGGCGAUGGCAUCAAGUAUCUACAGCAACACAAAGGAGAGUUUGAUGUGAUAAUUACUGAUGCCCCUGACCCCAUAGGUCCUGCUGAAGGCUUAUACCAGAAGGAAUAUUAUGAAAACCUGAAGAAGUCACUGAAACCUAAUGGAAUCAUCUCUUGCCAAGGUGAAACCCUGUGGUUUGAUCUUCCUCUCAUUAAGAAAAUGAUUGGGUACUGUCGCGAGGUAUUCCCCAACGUGGCAUAUGCGUCGGGGAACACGCCCACCUAUCCCGGGGGUCACAUGGGCUUCUUGCUGUGUAGUACCAACCCAAGUCUGGACUUGAAGAAGCCCCAGCAGAACUUCACCUCCGAUCAGCUGGACAGCAUGGCUCUCAAGUACUACAGCCCCGAGAUCCACCGCGCUGCCUUCGCCCUGCCCCACCAUGCCAGAAAAGCCCUGCAGGAAGUGCUUGACACAUGAGGAACUUGGCACAUCCCAGGAACCGGUUGCUAUGGUGAUUGAGCAUACACAUGUUGGUGUAAUACUGCUUUAACAGCUUCGGCAAGGCAUCACAAUCCCACUGCAGCCAUUUGUGCAACUUAAUAUUUCCCUUGCUUACAUAAAUGUUUACUAAAUGUUUACUGAAUAUUUGUUUACUAAAUGUUUCUUUUAGUGACACACAUGUCUCACUUAAUAUAGAAAUUAAUUCUGGGGUUUUAUUGAAGUUUUAUUGAUCAUAUGAUGACAAGUGGGUGUGAGGCUCUUGUGAUUUACUGCACAGCUAUUUAUUAUGGUUGCCAUGGAAAUCCAUAGCUGACUGUUCAGAAUGUUCUAAAAGUGGUGCGAUCAUAUGAGUUAUUAUGAACUGAUAUCUUUAAUGCACAUUGAUAUUAUAUGUUCAGUCCCAUAUAUGUUCCCCAGGAUAAGUGUAUCAUGGAAUGAGUGUGUAAUCUAGCUCUGUCCUGUGUCCAUAAUAAACCUAUUCACACGAUUGAGAUGGCAUCGUUAACAGAGCAAGUAAAAAAGCAGGAGGCGGAUUUAGUGCAGUAAAAGCCUACUUUUCAAAUGGUAAUUACCGUAUUUGACGUAAUAAGCGCCCGGGGCGCUCUCAAAAUUAGAAAUAGGGAGCUUUUAUUAGAAUAUUAUUUUGAAAGAGUUGAAAGAUAAAUUUUGUGGUUUAUGCUGACAGCCUGAA